CUGUCGGAGGGAAGGAGGGAGGGAGCGGGGGUGGGGCGCACGGAUGAUUCCAACAGGAGACUGGAAGAGAUUUUGAAAGGUCAUCUCGUCCUUCCCCCAGCCUCCAAGCGGACUGCCCCUCCCACCCUAAACCCGGACAUACCAGGGAAGGAGCUGGCUCUGCCGCUCUUUCUGCCCCAACAUGCACAGACUCGGGAAGUUCUUCCUGGGGUUUUAUCUCAAAGCCUCUCCCUUACAAUUUCUGUCUCUCUUUUGGGGGAGGAGGAGGGGCGAUUAUAGAGAUAGUUAAUGUCUGCCGUAUAAGAAACAUUAUUAAAGUUACUCUCCGGUCCUUUCUCUUCUUGAUAAACAAUUCCUGCUCCUUCCUCUCGAAUUCUAUUUUUCCAUUCCUUAAGUCACUUUAAUGGCUCUUCAAUACAACAAAUAUUUACUGAGUGUUUACUAAGUACCAGGCACCAAUGCUCAGCGCCGUGGGGGAUGAACACAUGAGGGGAAUGUCGUACCCUCUCUGGAGGAGAUUGUAAUCCAGACAGGGACUACAAAUUUGACAACUUUGUCUUCUGCUCUGAGCUACCAGGCCCUACCAGGAGCUCCAGGGCCAGCUGGGACCCAUCCCUUUGGAGCAGCUGCUUCAGACUAGGCUAGGAAGCACUGAGCUCUAGUGGUCAAGGGAGCCAUGGAGGAGAGAGCUGGUCAGCGAGAGCAAGACAGACCCAGCCUUCAAGACAGACCCAGCCUUCGUCUGGAAAAGCUACAGCACUGGGCCAGGCACAGGCAGAGUGGGCACCUCUUGGUGCUGGCGGAAGGGAAUCCCUAACAGUUCUCCUCCAACUACCCUGCACCCGGCCUCCAGGUGAGCCAGCUAUGGCUGGCAGUGGCUGUGGUGCCCUUUGCUAUCUCAGUUGCCUGCCUGAACUCUGCUUGUCACAUGGCCACAGCACUGCCACUUGGGCCUGGCGUAAUGGGUCUCCUCACUGGGAUUGUAACCCUUGAGCUGCGCAGAGCACCCCGUCUCUGGAAGGUGCACGCCAUGAUGCUGUUCAACACCUUCAAUCUGAUCUUGGGCUUCAUCGCGUUGGUGGUCGAAGUGGCGAAGACAGCCUUGAUGUCUGCCCCAACUGUCCCCUCCCAGCUAGCCGGUUUGCUGGUGCUGGAGCUCAGUGCUGAGGCCUUCACCCUAGGCGGAGUGCUGGUCUCAGCAUACUCCCUGUUCCUGCUGAGCCAGAGGAAGCCAGGAUGCUGCUGGAGCCAGAAUCUGCACUACCAGGAGCUGCAGGAGGGUCUCUCAGAAUUAGAGGAAGUUCCUGAUUUGGAGACUGGUCCCACGGUGGCUAGCAGAGCAAACAGAACAAAUGAGUGAGCUGGCAAGAGGAAGCAGACAGGUGUUGCUUUCCUACCCGGCGGGAGCAUUCUCCAGACCCUCCUGCACCCCAUUCCACCGAACUCAAACUAGAUGGAGUCCCCUGAGACCUACUUGAAGUCUGGUGGAGUGCCUUCAAUCUUCAUUCACACUAGGUCCCUUUCUUUUUCCUCCCCUGCUGCGGAAAGCAAUACCUAGACCGAGUUUUAAACCACCUCACCGCCCUGAAAAUCUGCCCGCCUGCAGGAUAUCCUUAAACCAACUUUCAGCUAGACCCAUUUUCUCCCUUCUAUCCUCACCCUCCUUCCCCACUGCCUCCCCAUCCUGCUUCACAUAUGCCUCAUUUCACUGUUUCCAAGAUUUCCACCUUUCACAAUCCCAUCCACUAAAAACCCGUACACGCCCACUCUCUGAAAUCAAUUCACAACGGGUGCUUUCGUUCUCUCGCUUCGAUCCGGUUCCUUUCUACUCUAGCGGAGACUACAAAUCCCAGGAUGCCCAGCUACCCUGUGGCCCGCUGGGAAAUAAAGAACCUUCCCUCCGCGGUAGGGGCGCUGUGCAUCGGCUAAGUGACGCGAAACCCUGGAAGUCGGGGCUUAGCUGAGAGUUUCUUCGGACGCGACCACUGGCCCAGCGUGCAGGGAGGAGCCGGACGGGCUAUGCUGCGCGGGGGCGCCACCACCCCAACCUCGUAGUUAUUCUAAAGUGCAUCUGGAAGAAUAAACAAAUGAUAAUGAAAGAAAAGGAAGGAAGGAAGGAAGGAAGGGAGAAAGAAGGAAGAACGGGCUUCUAACAAGAAGAGUAAUAAGGACUGUAAUUUCCAUCUUGCUAGCAGACUCUACUGAACCUCACACUUGCUGGAUUUUAUGAAGUAAACAGCCAUUCGGAGAGGUCAUAUGCCAAGGAACUGAGGAUACCUCUGGCUAGUAACCCACAAGCACAAGGAACAAAUCCUGCAACAGUGACGUUAGCUUGGUAUCCUUUCCCAGAGGAGCCUCAGAUGAGCCACACCCAGGACUCAGUUACCCAAUGUACACUGGGACCUAGAUUACAGCUGAGGACCUCUAUACCCAUCAAGAUCAUAAUAAAAUUAGAGUUCAAGCUGGUGGUGAUUCUGCACCAUGACAUUCUUAAAAACUUAACAAAUCUCUGAGAAAACGCUCUACCUUGAACCUCUGCUGAGACAGCUGAGGGCCUACACUCUGAAGCUUCCUGGAAGUCCUAUCAUUUGUCUGAACUGUUCUCUGAGGCACCACCUUGGAUCUUCCUAAGGCCUUAAUGAAAGAUUUUACUGUCACCCUCAGCUUCAUCUUUAUUGAUUGAUUGAUCGAUUGAUUGAUUGGCUGCACGCAGCUUGCGAGAUCUUAGUUCCCUGACCAGGGAUUGAACCUGGGCCCUCGGGCAGUGACAGCAUGCACUCCUAAGCACUGGACCACCAGGGAAUUCCCAGAUCACCCAUUUCAUUAGGUACAUUUUCUACCACCUACAUUACUGUAACAACAGAGUUGCUAAACUCUCUGCCACUGCAUAACACAGAAUUUUUUUCUCCAGUUUCCAAUAACACUAUCCUCAUGUUUAUUUAAGUCCCAUUGGCAGCCUUCUCAAAGGCUAUCCGAAUUUUCCUAACAGUCUCCUCAAAGCCUUUUAGACUUUCACUGAUACUUUCCUCAAAGUUCUUUCAGCUUCCUCCCACCGUACUGUCAAAGACACUAUAACUUUUCAACAUCUCAAUUCCAUGUACCAAAGUCUGUAUUACUUAUCUAUUGCCGUGUAACAAAUUGUCCUAAAAUUUAGCAGCUUAAAAGAACAAUAAACAGUAUUUCACAUGAUUUCUGCUGGUCAGAAAUUUGAGAGACCUUGGCUGUCACCACCAGGGAAGUCCGUCAGGUGGAUUCUUAACCACUGCGUCACCAGGGAAGUCCGAAAAACAUUCUUAAAGAACAUAACUUACCAAAACAAAGAGGAAAUUGAUAAUCAGAAUAGUUCUAAAGCUAAUAAAAAUUUUAUCCAUUAUUGAAAAUUCCCGGGACUUCCCUGGUGGCGUAGUAGUUAAGAAUCUGCCUGCCAAUGCAGGGGACAUGGGUUGGAGCCCUGGUCCGGGAAGAUCCCACAUGCUGUGGAACAACUAAGCCUGUGUGCCACAACUACUGAGCCUGCGCUCUAGAGCCCAUGAGCCACAACUACUGAGCUUGCAUGCCACAACUACUGAAGCCCACAUACCCUAGAGCCCGUGCUCUGCAAAAAGAGAAGCCACUGCAGUGAGAAGCCUGCGCACCACAAGGAAGAGUAGCCCCCGCUCGCCGCAACAAGAGAAAGCCUGUGCACAGCAAUGAAGACCGAAUGCAGCCAAAAAAAAUAAAUAAAAUAAAUAAAUAAAUAAAAAUUUAAAAAUUCCCUACAAAGAAAAGUCUAGGCCCAGAUGGCUUAUCAGUAAAAUUUCCCAAAUAUUUAAAGAAUAAAUAACAUCUAUAUUACACAAAAAAUUCCAGGGGAUAGAAAAAGAUGAAAUUCUGUUCACUUCAUUGGAAGAGGCCAGCAUAACCUUGACCACGAAACUUGAAAAACACUGUAAGAAAGGAACCUACAGGUCAAUUUCUCUCCUGAACAUAGAUACAAAAAUCCUAAAUAAAAUAUUACUAAAGCAAAGACAGCAAUAUAUAAAAAAGGUAAAUCUUACAUCAAGUUGAUUUUAUUCUAGGAAUGCAAAGUUGAUUUAACAUUCAAGAUAGAAUCUAAAGAAAGGGUACAAAUGAACUUAUUUACAAAACAAAAGUAGAGUCACAGAUGUAGAAAACAAACUUACGGUUACUGCGGGUAAGGGCGGGGAGGUUGGGACUGACAUAUACACACUACUAUAUAUAAAACAGAUAACUAAUAAGGACCUACUGUAUAGCACAGGGAACUCUACUCAAUACUAUGUAAGGGCCUAUAUGGGAAAAGAAUCUAAAAACAGAGUGGAUAUAUGUAUAUAUAUAACUGAUUCACUUUGCUGUACAUCUGAAACUAACACAACAUUGUAAAUCAACUAUACCCCAAUAAAUUUUUUUUAAUUCCAAAUAAAGGAUAAAAUAUAUAAUUGUCACAAUUGAUGGAGAGUAAGCAUUUGAUAAAAUUCCAUAUCCACUCAUGAUUUUUAAAAACCUUUGCAAACUAGUGAUAAAAAAGAAUAUCCUUAAUCUAACAAAAGAUAAAUACAAAAACUUUACAGCAAGCAUCAUAUUUAUUGGCUUUAUUAAAAUCCAAUAAAUAGUAAAAGUUUUCUCCCUGAGAUCAGGAAUGAAGCAGGGUUGUCCUCUAUCACAAUUUUGUUUUGAUAUUGAACUGAACAAUUUGUAUUCAAUAGUGUGUAAUAGGCAGGAAGAAGAAAUAAGAGGUAUUGAAAAAGAAGAAACAAAACUUUUAUUAUUCACAGACAUGAUUGAAUACAUAGAAAGUCCAAAAUGAAUCUACAGAAUUAAUAAGUUAAUUUUACAAGGACCUGAAUACAAAGUUAAUGCAUAAAAAAUAAAUUAUUAGAAAAGAUCAUUAGAAAAUGAAACAUCAAAUGAUAGCAUUUCUACUGGUAUCCAAAAUUAAUGAAUUCUAAUGAAAGAUGUAUAUGAAAGCUACUACAUAAUACUAAAACAACUAAAGAAGACUAAAUAAAUAGUUAUAUUAUUUUCAUAGAUUGGAAGAUUCAAAAUUAUAAAAAUUCAUUCCAUUUUGAUCUAUAGAUUACAUUCAGUCCCACUCAAAUUCCCAGCAGUUUGUCUUUGGAAAUUGCAAGCUGAUUUAAAAAUUAUUACAUAUUUUGGGGGCUUCCCUGGUGGGGCAGUGGUUGAGAGUCCGCCUGUGGAUGCAGGGGACACAGGUUUGUGCCCCGGUCUGGGAAGAUCCCACAUGCUGCGGAGUGGCUGGGCCCGCAAGCCAUGGCCACUGAGCCUGCAUGUCCAGAGCCUGUGCUCCACAACAGGAGAGGCCA